AUGAUUGAACCCAAAGACAGUGAGCGGAUAUCCCUGCUUCUAUCGAAAUAUAUUGAGGCUUUUUACACUGGGACACCGGAGGAGGUUUAUAUAAGGCAGAGGAAGGAAGUCUUAACUGAACAAUUAGAAAUAGAAGACACUAGUCCUCUUUUUAUCAUUAAAACCGGAAGUCGGUCAGAAGGUCUUCAUAUGAAGGGAUCUGAUAUAGACAACAUGAUGGUGGACGGGACAGUGUCAGUUAUGUACUCUGAUCAGUGUAUUCUGCCGAACAUGGCCGAAAAUACUAUUUUGUACAUAAGAGAAGGAGAUUGUCGCCCGGGUUAUGUCAAUUUAGAGCUAGGAAAGAUGGGACGAAAAUACACUGAGAUUUUCGUCAGUUCACUUGUUAGAGUUGAAAAUUCAAUAUUUCUCUCCAGCGACAUAUACAGGGAGGAAUUAGGACGUCACUAUAGUACAAUAUGGGGAAUUCGAAUGGAAUGCAAUGGUCCAAGCAGUGCAAUGAAGGCAAGUGCGCCUGGAACAUCGACGAUGACUGACACAGAUUCAGUUUUUUGCUUUUCAUGUAACAACUGGCCAAAGGCAGCUAGAGAAUGGAUCACACGCCCACGUCUACACGGAUGGCCGUGUCAAACAUUGAUAGACAAGAUUGUUCAGAAUGGAUGUCAUCUUGUUCCAGUUGGAGAUAAAUGUUCUGAAAACACCUUGUUACAAUGGAGAAUCUCUUUCGCAACUGCAGAAAGAUCUUUAGUUCAUUCCUUUAGUCAUAUCCAGUUCAAGCUGUAUUCUUUGUUGAAGUAUUUUUUAAAACAAAUUAAAUACACACUGAAUGAAACCGUCGGUGAUGAUGACAUCCUGUGCUCCUACUUCUUAAAAACUAUUCUUUUUCACGCAAUCGAGAAAACGUCUCAACGAUUUUGGCAAGAGAAAAACUUGCUUUACUGCUUUUGGUUUUGUUUCAAUAUUCUGAUCGCUUGGGUCAAGGCAGGAUUCUGUCCCAAUUACUUCAUUCCUGUCAACAACUUGUUCCAAAGAAAAAUACAUGGGCAGCGUCAACAAAUAUUGCUGAACCUUUUAAAACAAUACAGUCAGAUGAAAUGGAUGUGUUUGUCAGUAGGUAGUUACUUCAAGCCAAUAUGGCAGAGUAUUUCUGACUCAAAGGUGCAAACUCGUCUUGAUCACUUGAAACCUGUAUGGGCAAUUGUUUUGGAACAUGAUUUAGAAAUAGCUCGUACUUUGCCUAUUAGCUUAUUGACCGAACACGGCACGUCGAAAUCUUUUAUGGCAGCAAUGCAGUCAUUAUCAACAUCAGUGACAGAAUUUGACGAAAUUUACACGCACUUUUGGGCUUUCAAACGCCUUCCAAUGCCUACAAAUGAAAUGAUUCACACAGUGAUUGCUCAAAACAAGCUAAAGUACAAGAGAUUGAGGAAAUGUAAACACUUGAUGAUUCCCAACGCGGUUAUGGGUACGGAACUGUUGUAUUUGGCAACUCUCCAUUUCCUGAUGGGAGCUUUCAGCAAAUCACUAGGAAUGAGCAAAGAAGUGAUGCAACUGGCAUCAUAUUUUCAGUCAGAUCUCUCCUUACAUCUACUAGCAUUUUACACGCAGGAAUGUUUUCGCUCAAGACACGCCUAUGAAAGACUACAGAAAGUAUACACAGGGUUGCUGAGGUUUCAUCGCAGUAUGAUACAUCUUCCUCAUUUUAGUCCAGAGUUUCUCGGAAAAUUUAAAAUGAUAUUUAUCCCACCACUUCCAUAUGCCUUGUUCCUAAGCUUCCUAUGCUGCCAUGAGCUCGGAGACACCAGAGGACGUGACGCAGCGUUAAGCAAUCUUAAAAAGGUCCAACGUGAUAAAACCUGUGGAGGACAAAUCUACUGGAUGGUUCACACUCUCCUUGGUAUCUGUUUCCACACUCUCGGUAACUUUCCGGAGGCAAUAAAUGCAUACUGGGAGUCAGCGCGAUCCCAGAAUAGUGUUAUUGAAAGUAAUCCUGCAAUUUACAGGAUAGCUGUGGUGUAUCUAUGUAUGUAUGUCUCACAGAGGCCUGACAGAAGUUAG